AUGGGAAGCAAAGGCCGCAUGCCGCCUCCACCGCACCUGCGGCGGUCGAUUCCCCCGGGUCCCGCCGCGAUGCCACACCCGCUCGCGGCGCCGUUCGAUCUACUCCCGCCGCCGCAGGUGAUGGAGCAGAAGCUAGCGUCGCAGCACGCGGAGAUGCAGCGUCUAGCGACGGAGAACCAGCGCCUCGCCGCGACGCACAGCGCGCUACGGCAGGAGCUGGCGGCGGCGCAGCACGAGCUGCAGAUGCUGCACGCGCACGUGGCGGCACUGAAGGGGGAGCGGGAGCAGCAGGUGCGCGCGCAGCUGGAGAAGAUCGCGAAGAUGGAGAGCGAGGCGCAGGGCAUAGAGGGCGUGAAGCUGGAGCUGCAGCAGGCGCGUGGCGAGGCGCAGAACCUUGUUUUGUCGAGGGAUGAACUUGUUUCAAAAGCACAGCACUUGACUCAAGAGCUGCAGAGGGCCCAUGCUGAUGUUGUUCAGAUACCUGCGCUUAUCUCUGAGCUUGAAUGCCUCAGACAGGAGUAUCAGCAUUGCAGGGCCACUUUUGACUAUGAAAAAAAACUAUACAAUGAUCACCUUGAGUCACUUCAGGUGAUGGAAAAGAACUAUGUUUCUAUGAGUAGGGAAGUGGAAAAACUUCGAGCAGAGCUUACAAACACUGCUAAUGUGGAUCGGAGAAGUAGUGGGCCAUAUGGUGGCACCUCUGGUACUAAUGAGAAUGAGGCUUCUGGUCUUCCUGUGGGACAAAAUGCUUAUGAAGAUGGUUAUUCUGUUAUGCAGGGACGUGGUCCCCUACCUGCAGCCAGUGCGGGUGGUGGCAGUGCUACUACACUUGCUUCUGCAGGAGCUCAACCUGGUCCAGCUCCUGCAGUUACUGGUUAUGAUGCUUCCAGAGGACCUGGUUAUGGUGCAUCUGCAGGGCCUACUUAUGACGCACAAAGGGGUGUUACUUACGACACACAGAGGCUGACUGGUUACGAUGCAUUUAGAGGAUCUGCUUAUGAUUCCAAGAGGGGGCCAAUUUUUGAUGCUCAAAGAACUAGCUAUGAUCCACAGAGAGGUUCGGGAUAUGAUAUGCAGAGAGGACCUGCUUACGAUGCAUCGAGAACAGCUGGCUAUGAUGCACAGUCAAGAGGGGUUCCUGGUCCUCAUGGACAUGCUCCACCAAUGAACAAUAUGCCUUAUGGAUCCACAACACCGCCAACUCGUAGUGGAGGUGGAUAUGAAGCUGCUCGAGGUGUAAACCCUGCUAGGAGAUGA